AUGCUACGCAAAGAAUUGCUCCAUAUGCCGUUGGAAAACGGUGUUCGUAUUGCUUAUCGUUUAUCACAUUCGAUUGAUACAUCAUUGCCAAGCAUCGUUAUGCAUCAUGCUUUCUUAAUGAAUUCUCGAUUUUAUGAUCAACAAUUUAAAGAUAGUCGAUAUUCAAAUUAUAAUCUUAUAUCAAUCGAUGCACAUGGUCAUGGUGAAACAAUCGGUCGUGGGAACGACUUUACAUUCUGGGACUCGGCUGCCGAUUCGUUACAGCUUCUUACCAAACUUGGCGUUGAUCAGUUCUACGCUAUGGGGUCUACACAGGGAGGUUUUAUUGCUUUGCGCAUGGCACUACUGGAACCUAAUCGGGUGAAAGGUUUGAUAUUAUUAUCUACUUCGGUUUAUGCAACACCGCAACAGCUCAAAACUUAUAUGCAAGCAUCUCGUGAUCAAUGGUGUAGAACAAAAAUUCCUUCAGAUGAAGCAAUGUUGGUGCGAGCAGCAUCUUUUGGCGGACCUACGCGUGUCGGUAGAAAAGUAUUCAGAAAAAUUCGAGAUAUGUGGAUACAACGGUAUGCGGGUGCUGAAUGUUAUGAUCCAGCAUUGAAUUGUCUUCUCAAUCGCGAAGCAAUUGAUGAUCAACUGGAGAAAAUCACUGUGCCAACGUUAGUUUUACACGGAACCGAAGAUCGUAUAUUUACAGUUGAAGAAGCACAAACAUGGACAUCGAAAUUACCUAAUUUAUGGAAAUUCGUAAUCGUCGAACACGGUGUUCAUUAUCUUUCUUUAACAGAACCCGGCAUCGAAGUAGCUGCUCAAUUAAUUCCUCAAUUUAUCAAUGAAACAUCAUAA